AUGAGCUUUGAUAUUUCUCAGUUAAAGAGGGAUUCACAUCUGGCUCAGUCUUCGACUGUGUAUCUAACACUGGCAAAGGAGAAUCUGCACAUUGAGCAACUACAGCAGCCUGCACCAAAUCCAAAGGUUUCCAUUAAAACAUUCUGUUCAAAAGGAGUAACCUCAUCAAACACUUGCAAAAUUAUUAAUAGUAGCCCUGCGGAAUCACCAUCUACUUCUAAUGUGAGAAUGGAAAAAAAUCACUUGUUAAUUUUGGAGGAGGAGGAGGAGGAGGAGGAGGAGGAGGAGGAGGAGGAGGAGGAGGAAACCAAAAACAAUCCUCCUCCAGACCAAAAAUCUUCGCCUGGUCCCAAAACAAUCCUCCUCUCCCCAAGACAAAAACAAUCCUCCCAAGACCAAAAACAAUCCUCCCCAAGACCAAAAACAAUCCUCCACAAGACCAAAAACAAUCCUCCCCAAGACCAAAAACAAUCCUCCCCAAGACCAAAAACAAUCCUCCCCAAGACCAAAAACAAUCCUCCACAAGACCAAAAACAAUCCUCCACAAGACCAAAAACAAUCUUCCCCAAGGUCCAAAACAAUCCUCCUCCUCCCCCCAGACCAAAAACAAUCCUCCCCAAGACCAAAAACAAUCCUCCCCAAGACCAAAAACAAUCCUCCACAAGACCAAAAACAAUCCUCCCAAGACCAAAAACAAUCCUCCACAAGACCAAAAACAAUCCUCCACAAGACCAAAACCAAUCCUCCACAAGACCAAAAACAAUCCUCCCUAAGACCAAAAACAAUCUUCCCCUAGGUCCAAAACAAUCCUCCUCCUCCCCACAGACCAAAAACAAUCCAAAUCCCAAGACCAAAAACAAUCCUCCACAAGACCAAAACAAUCCUCCCCAAGACCAAAAACAAUCCUCCUCCAGACCAAAAAACAAUCUUCGCCUGGUCCAAAACAAUCCUCCUCCUCCCCAAGACCAAAAAAACACCUCCUCCCAAGACCAAAAAACAAUCCUCCACAAGACCAAAACAAUCCUCCCCAAGACCAAAAACAAUCCUCCCCAAGACCAAAAACAAUCCUCCCCAAGACCAAAAACAAUCCUCCCCAAGACCAAAAACAAUCUUCGCCUAGACCAAAAACAAUCCUCCUCCUCCCAAGACCAAAAAACAAUCCUCCCCAAGACCAAAAACAAUCCUCCCCAAGACCAAAAACAAUCCUCCCCAAGAACAAAAACAAUCCUAACCCAAGAUCCAAAACAAUCUUCGUCUAGACCAAAAACAAUCCUCCUCCAGACCAAAAACAAUCUUCGCCUAGGUCCAAAACAAUCCUCCUCCUCCACCCAGACCAAAAACAAUCCUCCCAACCCAAGACCAAAAACAAUCCUCCCCAAGACCAAAAACAAUCCUCCCCAAGACCAAAAAAACAAUCUUCGCCUGGUCAAAACAAUCCUCCUCCUCCCCACAGACCAAAAACAAUCCUCCCCAAGUCCAAAAAAACAAUCCUCCACAAGGACCAAAAACAACAAUCCUCCCCAAGACCAAAAAACAAUCCUCCACAAGACCAAAAACAAUCCUCCCCAAGACCGGAAAAACAAUCUCCCAAGACCAAAAACAAUCCUCCUCCAGACAAAAACAAUCUUCCCCAAGGUCCAAAACAAUCCUCCUCCUCCCCCAGACCAAAACAAUCCUCCCCAAGACCAAAAACAAUCCUCCCCAAGACCAAAAACAAUCCUCCCCAAGACCAAAAACAAUCCUCCCCAAGACCAAAAACAAUCUUCGCCUGGUCCAAAACAAUCCUCCUCCUCCCCAAGACCAAAACAAUCCUCCCAAGACCAAAAACAAUCCUCCCCAAGUCAAAAACAAUCCUCCACAAGACCAAAAACAAUCCUCCUCCAGACCAAAAACAAUCUUCCCCUAGGUCCAAAACAAUCCUCCUCCUCCCCACAGACAAAAAACAAUCCUCCACAAGACCAAAAACAAUCCUCCCCAAGACCAAAAACAAUCCUCCCCAAGACCAAAAAAACAAUCCUCCACAAGACCAAAAACAAUCCUCCCCAAGACCAAAAAACAAUCCUCCCCAAGACCAAAAACAAUCCUCCCCAAGACCAAAAACAAUCCUCACAAGACCAAAAAACAAUCCUCCUCCAGACCAAAAACAAUCUUCCCCAAGGUCCAAAACAAUCCUCCUCCUCCCCCCAGACCAAAAACAAUCCUCCACAAGACCAAAACAAUCCUCCCCAAGACCAAAAACAAUCCUCCCCAAGACCAAAAACAAUCCUCCACAAGACCAAAAACAAUCCUCCCAAGACCAAAAACAAUCCUCCCCAAGACCAAAAACAAUCCUCCACAAGACCAAAAACAAUCCUCCCCAAGACCAAAAACAAUCCUCCCCAAGACCAAAAACAAUCCUCCACAAGACCAAAAACAAUCCUCCCCAAGGUCCAAAACAAUCCUCCACCAGACCAAAAACAAUCUUCCCCAAGGUCCAAAACAAUCCUCCUCCUCCCCCCAGACCAAAAACAAUCCUCCCAAGACCAAAAACAAUCCUCCCCAAGACCAAAAACAAUCCUCCCCAAGACCACCAAUCCUCCUCCAGACCAAAAACAAUCUUCCCCAAGUUUUGAUCUUCACAACAAUCACGUUAUAGACACAAUUAACCACCCCCCCCCCCCCCCCCCCUGUAUCCUUGUAGAAGAAUGCGGCCUGACCUCGGUUCAGGUCUGGGGUUCGUUGUCCAACCAGUACGCCUGGGGUGAGACCUGGACUCGGCAUAAUGGCCGAGGGGGUUGUGGCACUGAUCAGGUGGAUGUGGAUCAGGAGUAA